AUGUCCCUGGUGCAUCAGGAAAUCCCAGCAAAUUAUUUAUACGCACAUUUUCGUGUGUGCGUGUGCGUGUGCGCGCAGUGCUCUGCAGGUUACCUACAGAAGAUACUGAAGAACCACAGGGUCCAUGCCUGUGAUGGGGAGCAGCUCACCAUCACGUGUCCCUAUAAAACCUCCGUCACUGUCCUGUCUGCGUUUUACAGACGCCGGGUCCCGAGUGAGAAUCUCUGUCCGACUGUGAUGAACAUGUCAGAGGAGCGCACGGACUGCCAGUCCUCAAUAGCCAUUACAAAAGUAUUUGAUGAAUGCCAGGAUCAGCGAACUUGCCAGUUGUCUGUCAACAGUCGUGUUUUCGGCCACGACCCCUACCCCAGCACCAGCAAGUACUUGAUCGUGUCCUACAAGUGCAGGCCAGAGAAUCACAGCAGUAAAGUUGCGUGUGAGAAUGAGAAGCUGCAGCUGGUUUGUAAGAAUCAGACCGUGCUGGCCAUCUACUCAGCUACGUUCGGCCAUUUACACCAUGGGAACCCUGAGUGUCCACAAGGGAACAGCACAGGGGCUGACAUUGAGUGUCUGUCCCCCUCCGCCCUGAAGAAGGUCUCUCGGAGGUGUCACAGCAAACUCAACUGCUCAGUCUCUGCUGACAUGCACACUUUCGGGGACCCCUGCUUCCCGGGCCUGUGCUCGGAGCUGGAGGAGGAGUUGAAGGUGGACCUGCCAGGGGAGGAUCCCAGUCGGAAGGAGAUCGAGGACUAUGAUGGCGACACCUCCUCUGAUUCCUCCUUCUGCCGCCUGACUCGCUCCUACCGCGCCUCUGAAACGGCCGAGCUGGUGGACAGAGCUGAGGUCAAGGAGCCAGGGGUCAACGAAAUCUGGCUGCACAAGGACUCGAGCCCCUAUGCCAUUCACAAGAGCAAAGCAGCUACUAAAUAACUGUAGGAGCACAAUGCUCAUGUUAAAGAUAGUUAAAUGCAAAAAGCAAUUAAAAUGUCUUGUUUCACAUGCUUCUUAACAACAAAUCAAGAUGAUCAUAUAUAUAUAUAUUUGUGAUUUGCUGUGACUUUGUAGGGGCUCAGAUCAGCUGGGAGACUGGCUAACCUUUCACGUGCUAAACUGACAAAGACUAGCAAGUGAGCAAUUAAUUCAAAGCUUGAGAUUAACAAUAGAACAGUGGAAUGUAGAGCUCUGAUAAAAAUAAAAAUAAAUCAAUUAUUCCCCUUUAAGGCGGAUUCUUUUAAUUCUAAGGCGAUUUUUUUCCAAGAUAAGUGCCACCUAGUGGUUGAAUAGUGUGCUCUGCUAGGUAACAAGUAAUGGAACAAGUUAACUGUGAAUUUUGUAUUGCAUUGUAAUAGCCAAGGCAAUCCUAAAACCGAAAUAAUCAGCAAACUAUCCAGAGAUAAAAACAAACACACUGGAGAUAUGUCACCUAGUCUCAGCUCUCUUUAUACCAAACUGUCAUUUC